AUGCCCUCGAUCAUGAGACCACCUACCGGAAUAAACGACGAAAUGCUCGAUGCCGAACGGCUUCGACAGAUCGCGCGUCGCAAAGAGCAGAAUCGCAAAGCGCAACGGCGACGCCGCGAACGCAAAGAGGAGUACACCAUGCAGCUGGAGGCGCAACUGGCAGCCUUGAACCGUCGAUCUCAGGCCCAAGAGGAAGAGUCUCAUUACCUCAGGGAGGCGCUUGCCCGCAUGCGAACCCAGAAGCUGACGCUCGCCGAACAGAAUGCUCGGAUUCGCCAGGCUGUACCCUCGAUGCAGUUUCCGCAUCCUCUGCCUCAGCGCGCUUCCAUCGACCUCGGCGUUGACCACUUUGCACGUCUCAACUGCAACCGCUCUCAAAGCACCACAGCUACCGUGAUGGCCCCCUUUACCUCCAACCAUAACGUCGCUGCGCCGUGUGCCACCUCGUCUCAGCAGCCUAUGGCUUCUGCCCAUGCGCCAUUUGAACCUACCAUUGCUCCUGGUACUACGAGCCACCUUCCGAUUUCGGUGGCGUCUACUCUUGCAGGUGCAUCUUCUCUUGCCGGCGGAAUGGCAGUGCCACAGCCCGAGCCUAUCGAGGAUAUCGCCAUGUCUCGAUCGGACGAUGCCAUCCACACGAGUUCCACGACGCCCGUGACGCAGCAACGUGACGACUUUGUCACCAGCCCUUUUGAUCUGAGAGUCAAUUUCUCCUGUCACGACAGUGGACAGACCGAGUUGACCAUGCCACCCGAAUUUUCCGAGGCCGAGGGCGGUUCCGCCACCAAGAUUCGACGUGUGUCCGACUCUGGCAGGGUAACCCGGGCAAGUGUUCCCACUUCUCCGGCUCCUUCGGCAGAAAUUGCGCUCAUUUCAUGA